GAUCAUGUUCUACUUGACGAAAGAAGCUCUACCGGUCUUCUUACCGCUUGGAUUUAUCGGGAUUUAUCGAUGGUUUUGGUUUCUCAUAAAGAUCCUAGCAUAUUGCCUCUACAAGCCGCUCAAGCCGCGGCAGCAUCCACGCUACAUUCCUGCCCGCGACGUAACUGUGGUAGUUCCUACAAUUGACUCUGGGGAAGAAAUUAAAGUCGCCAUUCGAACAUGGCUCAGAUGUGAUCCCUAUGAAGUUAUUUUCGUUACUGUACCGUCUGCACGGGAUGCCCUCAAUGCACUGGCUCGUGAAGUUGAUCCUUCUGGCACAAAGGUCAGAGUAAUCACCAUUUCAAAACCCAACAAGCGAAAUCAGAUGGUUGCUGGUGCUAAUCGAGUCCGAACGCCGAUCACUGUGUUUUGCGAUGACGACGUGCUUUGGCCUGAGACGAUGUUACGAUGGAUGUUGGCGCCUUUUGAAAAUAAGAUGAUGGGAGGUGUUGGAACGUCGCAAAGAGUCCUGCCGCAGCAUAAAUAUAUGACUAUUUGGGAGAUCCUGGCAGCAUUUCGGAUUUCGAUGCGCAAUAUCGAGAUUACUUCGACGACGUAUAUCGAUGGUGGCGUCUGUUGCCUCUCAGGACGAACGGCCGCGUACCGCACAUGCAUCCUCCGGGAUCCCGAUUUCCAGUGGUCCUUUACUCACGAGUUCUGGCUUGGAAAAUACCACCAGCACUCAGGAGACGACAAGUUUCUAACCCGCUGGAUUCACUCCCAUAACUGGAGAACCUAUAUACAAGCUUGUCCGGAAGCCGAACUUUCGUCAACAUUCAAAGACAACUGGCGUUUUCUCAAACAACUUCUUCGAUGGACGCGUAAUACUUGGAGAAGCGACUCUCGAAGCCUGUUCACGGAGCGCUAUGUAUGGGUUCGCCACCCUUUUGUUGCCUUUACAAUGCUAGACAAAUUCUUCAACCCGAUCACUCUCCUCGCCGGCCCCGCGACAGUGGCCUAUUUAGCAACCUGCUCUGACGAGCCGGGAUCACUGCCUCUCUGGGUUGUCCUCACAAGUUAUCUGGUCUGGCUCUUCGUGACGCGACUCAUCAAAUACAUGCCGCAUUUUGUACGAAGACCCCAAGAUGUGUUUGCGAUUCCAAUUUGGCUGAUCUUCAAUAUCUAUUUUGCCAUCAUGAAGAUCUACUGUUUAUUUACGUUGCAUGUUACGGAUUGGGGAACGCGGGAUGGAGCCGAUGAUGGGAAGGGGGCAGAGGAUGAACUGGAUAUCUUUAGGCCGCGGUGGACUGAUAAAGACGAGGAAAAUGCCUCGGGAGCGGGAGGCGUUCCCAACGUCCGCAUGCCCUCUGGACCAUAUGGUGUAGCUGCACCUGGACCUGCAUUGUCACGAGCGAGCACAAUUGUCGGUGACCAUCCUCACCACGGGCAGCAGGAGAGAAGUGGACGGCAAAACGGAUGGGGUAACAGCGUAUAUAGCAUUCCCGCUCCGCCUGACGUCUCCAAUGGGUCUAUUAACCUAUCUGUGAUGACGGACUUCACGCCACCGAAGAGCCAAAGAGGGUCAGACUCCAACCAAACUGUGAGCCAGGCUGGGACCCGGAGUACUAUGGGUUCCGGUUCGGACGCUACAAAGACAGAAGAACGGAACAGUACAUGGAGUGCUAUCCCUCACCCGACCUCAAGCGGUGUACCUGUCAACCCAACCAAUUAACGAGGAAGAUUAUUUGCUUGUAUACAUUGCUGUAUCAAAACUAAGUUGUACUUUAGACUAAACCAAAGGAUAAUCGAAUUGUAAGUAGUGUAGUUUGAACUAUUCAAAAGAAAUAUAUAAUAUAUGGAUGA